UUUUAAGUAACAACUGACAUUUGAAUAAAAUUUUAAACGCAGUUUUUUCCGUCUUGGGGAAUUGUUAAUGGCGACUUCUCCUCAGUCCGUCUUCAAUGUGUUCGUCUAUGGCAGCUUAUUAGCUGACGACAUUGUUCGUGCUCUUCUCAAACGCGUCCCUCCUUCUAAUCCUGCUAUCCUCCACAACUUUCAUAGGUUUAGCAUCAAAGGGCGUGUUUAUCCUGCCAUUCUACCAGUUGAGAACAAAAGAGUUAAUGGGAAGGUUCUUUUGGAUAUCACUGUUCCUGAAUUGAAUAUCCUGGAUGCAUUUGAGGACGUUGAGUAUGAAAGGACGACUGUUGAUGUUUCCCUGAUGGAUAGGUCCAAGACAUUGCAGGUUGAAACAUAUGUUUGGGUUAACAAGAUGGAUCCAGAUUUACAUGGGGAAUGGGACUUCGAGGAAUGGAAAGUGUUGCACAAGGGAGACUUCUUGAAAAUGACAAUGGGAUUCAGUGAAGAAAUGGAACUACCUGAAUCAAAAACAAGAGUGGCAACUUGUGAAUCCUUCUAUGCACAGGAAGAGAACAAGUCCAAACCUUGAUAUAGCUGUAGUUGAUAGUGGAGACAAAAACAGUCGGUGAUUUUUUCUCAUAUGUUCUAGUCUUGGUGGACAGUGCUACUUGGUGCUUGUUGCUGGCAGAAAUAUUGUUAAUAAAGCAACAAAGGCUAAGCCACCUCCCCUCUUCAUCCACCAAAAGAAAAUACUAAUAAAUUAUAGAGGGCAAUUGAGCUCAGUAACAUGGAUAUGUUCAGUUUGCACUGCAGAAUAUUGCUGCAAUGCUUUUUAACCCUUUGGUUGCAUAGGAGUGAUUAUUUUUCAUCUUAUGUUAUUCAUAGGAUCAUUUGUAGAUAGUAUUUUCCAAAAAAGAGUAGCAUCUAUUGUGCUUGUGCUCUAACUCUUUUUUUUGUUCCCUCCCGAUAUCCCGUACCCAUAUUGGGUCCCUUAUGAAUCUGAAUCCGUGUUGUGUACCAUGACCUAUUAAAGGAGGAACACUUUUUA